CAGGAUAGGCCGCUAAGAUGAUAAUUUGUCUUCUAUUCCACCAUAUUUUGCAUUUGUUAAACAUUUAUUAGAGAGGUCACAUUUUUUUGCGAUUCGAACAGUGAAGAAAACGAUGUAAACACGGGAUGCGAUAAAACGUCGUCAUUCAAGUAAAGUGCACACUGCGCAUGAUAUUAUUCAUUCUUCAUCAUCUCGACAUCCUGUAAUGCGCAUGCGUAAGGCAGGUAAAUCAACUUUUUCGCAAUGGCGGGUAUCCGUGAUGAAACGAGGAAGCUCUUCCCCGUUGAUAGUGUUCGGGCUAUCUUGGAGAUAUUCCGUUCAGAAUUGGAAGGAGAUCAUGAACCGAAUUUGACGAUUCUUUCGGUUGUUAUUGGGAUGGUGGAAAACAUUUUAACGAGCAAUCGUUCUUCGUCCCAGGGUCAAGCUGCUGAUGAGAACCGCAUGUGCAUUGAACCCAUCUUCCCAGUCAUUGAGUUACCGAACGUUGAGGCAUUGUGCGCGAAAUUCGAGGCACAAGUGAAGGGAUCUGUCGACUUGAGCGACUACAAAUCAGAAUUUGCUAACCGAGAAAUGGUGAAAAAGGUGUCGGACAUUAUCUGGAGUUCCCUUUCUCGCGCAUACUACAAAGACAAGGCCCACUUGCAAUCUCUUUUCAGUUACUUGACUGGAAACCAGCUAGACUGUUUUGGCGUUGCUUUAGCUGUGGUUGCUGCGUGUCAGAUCCUGAACUUCAAAGAUGUACAUCUAGCCCUAUCUGAAGACCAUGCAUGGGUCGUGUUUGGAGAGAAAGGAGAAGGGACUGCUGAGGUCACUUGGCAUGGAAAAGGGAAUGAGGACAAAAGAGGGCAGCCUAUCAGCAUGGGUAUCACGGAGAAGAGUUGGUUAUAUUUGAAUGGUUUUCCUGUGGUGUGUACUAGACACAUGGAGGUAGCAGCAUUGGUAUCGGCUAUCAAUCCAACUAUCAACUCGUCAUUAGACAGCAUAGAACUAGCAUCUUUACAACAGGAGCUUCUAUGGUUAUUGUAUGACAUGGGUCAUCUGAAAAAAUAUCCUCUUGCUUUGAGCAAUCUUGGUGACCUUGAAAGCAUUGACCCCAGUCCUGGUCGACCCACGACCCUUGAACUGUUUGAGGAGGCCAUUCAAUCUGGUAAAGAGUUCUAUUCUGACCAUCAUGUCUAUCCCUACACAUAUCUAGGAGGUCAUCUCUAUCGGCAGAAGCAGUACAAGAGAGCGAUGCAGUACUGGGCAGAAGGAGCAAAAGUCCUCAGCCAGUACAACUACCAACGCGAAGAUGAGGAGGUGUACAAGGAAUUCAUGGAAGUGGCCAAUGAACUAAUCCCCACUAUCCUGAAGGAAGCUACUGUUUACCAUUCCAGAGAUGCUAGGCACAUCCCAAAAGACCCUGAAUGCUAUGGCUUCUACCUACGUCUCUAUGACAACAUCUGUAAGUGGGAAGAAGGCAGUUCUACCCCUGUCUUGCACAUCACGUGGGCGAAGCACUUUGUAGCCUCGGUAACCAAGUUUGAUAGCAGCAUUAGAGAUCGGUUAGAUGUAAGGUUAAUUGAUGCUGAUGGAAAAGAAGAAGUGGAAGAGAAUGAGGAGGAUGAUGAGGAAGAAGAUAAAGAGGAGGAAGGAGAAGGAGAGGCUGGUGAAGCGAAGAAAACUGGGAAGGAUAAGGAAGAGGAUAUCAACAAGAAUGUGGUCUCUGCACCUGAUGAAGCAGAUAGUUGUGGAAAGAAAGGUAAGACGGAGAAUGAGGGUGAACGCAAUGAGGAUAACAUUCAUCCAGAACUCUUCUCCGAUCCUUUCACCGGCUUAGGGUCACUUUGGGACACCAAGACGGAAUUCAGUGACUUUCUGAGCACUCGCUCAAAUGGCAGUGCCUUCCCGGGCAUGACCCUAGAAUCUCUCAUGAAAGCCGAGAGUCCUGCAGAAAUGGCAUUCCACAGGCGUCUCAAGUCGCAGCUUUCACAGGAUGAUACUGGUGCACAAGGACAGAGUGAGAGUAAACAAGGUGAUGAUGCAGGAUGUGUCGAUGAGGAUGAUGACACCAAGGAUGAUCUUGAGGACAGCAUCAACCUGCCACCGCAACCUGUACCCAAGAUCCUCUUGAGGAGUGCGAAGAUGAAAGGCCUGCGUGGUAUCCUCACCUCUACAGGUAAACUAAACACUGCAGCCAUCCACCUUCAGCUGACGGCCCAAUCGCAGGUCCAGGUCGGCAAGAGAAUUCGAUCCACUAACGAUUAUGAGGACUAUGGCACCUUGAGACGAAGACCACGCAGGGAAUAAGGAGGACUGAAUUCCAUUGAUAAACUUUGCCAGUAAUGUCAAGGAUUCCUUUUUCUUGGCAAUAAAAUAAUUAAAUAUGUUUCACUGUUUGAUGUAUGAAUGUCAACAAACAGAAUUUGUUUAUUUCUAUGAAGAGUACCUGAAGUGAUGGAACAGUGCCAUGCAUAAAAAUAUAUUUUGUUUUUUGUCAUUGACAAAAAGCAUUUAGUCUUAAGAAUGAAAUCGUAACUUAAAUUUUAGUUGCCAAUUAAUGUUUACAUUGUCAUUUAUCAAGUUGUAUAAAGAGAGCAUAUCUUAUCUCAUCUAAAUUUGUCUUCAGUCUGAAAGGUCACAAUUUUCUUUGAGAUUUACUUUACAUAAUAAUCAACUUUCUGAACCUUAUUUUUGUAAUGUUAACGAAUUAAAAACAUAUUUUAAACUUAGACUUUUAAGCUUUUCACCAACAUUUCCACAUUCUAUGAAAUAACAAAUCUUUACUGCAGAGACAAUCUUCAGAUAAAUUGAUUUGGCGGAAAAAACAUCCUGUAAAAUUUAGGUUGUUCUUUGUGCAUUUUCGAGAUAAAAAGUGCACUUUGUGAACUUCUGUUCCUUGACUCUGCAAUAUGUACGUAUUUCAUGUGCAUUUAUCAUAUAUUUUCUUGUAUAUUUUAAUGAAAACAAGACAGUACACAGGUGCGGAGUGCAAUUGUGCCCUUCUUUUUAUGUUUCAUAAGCAUGCUUUAUGUGAUCAGUUGGUCAGAUUUUUAUAUUUAUUGUAUGGAAAUACAAAUUGUAUUUAUGUCUUUUGAAAUUUAUUGUAUUUGCUUGAAUAUGUACAUUUUCCUUACAAGUAAUGAACAGAACUUCCCUGUGACAUUAAUCCAGUUGUACAUACUGUAUAGCACCGAAAAAGUGUUGCUUUUAAAAGUGUAAACUCUUCUUGUUGGAGUGCUUUAUCUUUGUAGAUAUGAAGUUGUCUGUUUUCUUCUGAUUAUGGAGAAGAUGGUAAAUGCUUAUCUAAUGAUUUCAUGUAUCAAAGGGAAUUUACCCUGAUAAUUUCAGUUUUGAUGAAAGCAGAAAAAUUCAAAGGUUUAAAAAAAUCCAUCAAAAAAUAACAGUUAUGAAUUUUUUUUUUUGGAGAAAUAAUGUGACCUCACAGACGAUAUUGUUUUGCAUCAUAAAUUCUCCAUUGCCAUUUCCCCCAAAAUUUGAUAAUGGUUUUAUACAUGUAUGUGUGUUGAAUAUAUCAUCAGACGCACAAUUUCACAGUUCAUACCCCAUUCUUUAAGAAAAAUAUAUUCGUAUUUAUCAUAUUCCAUAUAAAAAAAACAAAUUUAUGGAAUAUAUAGAACAUGAUAUAUGGAAAAGCUGCUUGCAUAUCAUGUUAGAUAUUUAAAAUUUUUAGAACUUGAUACCUUUUUAUUUUUUUAUGAGGUUUUCCAGAAACUGUCAAUAUUUUUAUUUUUUUUCUGCUUUUAUCCUAACCAACUUAUCAUAAGGGUGAACUUCCCUUUAGAAUGUUGUUAUCUGAAUGUUGUAUUAAUAAAUUGUUUCUUGAGAAGAGCUUUCUCCUCCAAAACCUCUCUCUCUUGUCAUGACCAAAUUAUAAUACUUUUUGCAUGCCUGGAUGAAUUGAUAACUUCUUGACAUUUUGUAUUUUAUACAUUGUUUUUUUCUUUUUUUCGAAUAUAUUUUCUGUCCAUUCAUAGUUGACAUUUCAUUGAAAAUCUUUUAAAUGAACAGCAGUUUUUAUUCAAAUUGUUACCAAAGAAUAAAUAUGACAUUCUUCAUGUUGUUGCUAUGUAUUAUGCACUUGCCAAACGUUUGGAAUGUAUUUGGUCCUCUCGUAAGCUGUUGAUGUAUCAUAUUGAUGUAAAGUGUAAUUGAAUUUGAAUUGUUAAUAUUGUUUAUAAAAAAAUUGUGUAGAUUCAUUGACCGAAUACUCUUUGUCAUUUUAUUGUUCGAUGCUUGUAUAGAUAAUAAUGUCUUUCUGUCAGUAGAAAAGUUCCUUUGUAAAUUACAAGAAGAGGGUUAUGAUAUAAAGUGUAAUAAUGAACAAAAUGCUUUUGUAAGUAAGGGUUGUAUUUUAGAGAUGCAGCAUG